UGUGAGGAGGAUGAGAUAGUUGAAGAAGAAGGAGCACCAGUGGCUGAAGUUGAAGAGGAAGAAACUGUAGAAGAGACAUUGAAACCUUCACCUGAUGCAGAGACAACAAUUCUUUUUCAGCCCUUGGUGCAUGUAUCUUGUCUUGGGACUAGAUUGAUAUGGGUAUGUCUUGGACUUGCAGAACUACCUGCAGGGAAAUUGGUGGAGUUCCUGGUGGGGUUUGUCAACAAAGCUGACAAGGAUUUUGUAUUGGAGACCUUGGAUGCAUCCUUCCGGUAUCCAAUGGACUACAGUUUUCACAUUCACAAUUUCUCAGCAUGGCCAUAUGAUGAUGUUGUGAAACCGAAUCAGGAGGCCACUCUCCUCUAUCAGUUUAUUCCUGCAGAAGCAUUUGGAUCACGACAGUUUGGACUUACUAUCAACCUCCUCUAUCGAGAUCUGGAUGGAAAUUCAUUUAUGGAAUCAGUUUUCAACAAGACUGUUCCCAUUGUGGAGAUAGAUGAGGGUCUGGAUGGGGAGACAUUCUUCCUAUAUGUCUUCCUUGCAGCUGGUAUUGUUUUACUGCUUGUACUUGGACAACAGGCAUUGGCCUCGCUAGGGAAGAGAAGAGGACCCCGAGGCAAGAAUAGUUCUUCCUCACCUGAGGCAGGCACCAAGCAUGAUGAUGUUGACUAUGACUGGCUCCCACCUGAAACUCUGCAGCAGGAAAUGCGAAAUUCCUCAAGAUCACCCAGUCCUCGACAGUCUGGAGCUCGACAACGACGAGAUAAACGCACAUCAGGGGCUGCUGAUUGAAUGAUAUUUUCCUUCAAGUUGGAGAUGCUCACCAGGAAGGACAAGUCAAGAGAGAACUGGUGUUGCUGGUGGUUAAAAGUUACACUGUCAUAGUGAGGUUUGGGAGGAUUUUGUGAUCCUUGACUUUUGAAGGCAGAAAGCAUUCCAGAUUCUUGAUUGUGGUUAUGAGAUUGUUAACAAUACUCAGAGUCUCAGACAGAAAGCAUGGGCCUCUUGAGGUAUUGUGCCUUGAGAAGUAUGAUUGAUGUGGUCCUUGUUUAGAAGGCCUUUAUUUUUUUUUGUUCAUCCCUCCCUGAUUUUUAUAGUCUUUAAUUCACUCUUCCUUCAUGUCUCUCUUCAUUGUGAGUUAUACUUUCUCUCUUUUGGUGUGCAUAUCUGAUCUUAAAAUUGCAAAUUUGUAUGGCAGUGUCUCACAUUGUCAAGUAUUGAAUUGAACAGCUCCAGAUGUUUUAUGAAUUACUUCUAUUUUGAAUUAUCUUCGGUUCAAGGAACCACAAUGGUGAAGUCUUUGAGGCACAGGCACUCAAAAGCAAAAGAAACUCAAGUUGAUGAGUUUUAUCUUAGGAUGGAGGGGCUUGGUGCUUCCCAAUUCUCCAGUGACUGAUAUUUGAAGGUUCCCUUGGUACUCAAUUUUUUUUUUCUUCUCCUGUCAUGUUCCACCAUGGAGAAAUGAGAACCUGUGUUUUUCUGCAAUGAGGCAAUGCAUUUUUUUUUUAUUUCUAUGCAUUCUUAUGACAUAGCAGUGUUAAUAUUUGUGAGUGCAUUAUUUAUUGCUGAGAGGCAGUUACGUUUGGGGAAGUUAUUCACUACCAUUGGGUUGCGUUGGAUGCUUGAUCAGUUUUUGAAUGGAACUCCGAUUUUGGAAUUUAUUCCAUUCUUGGGUACAUGUGUUAUUGUGAGAUGCUGUCAGGAAUGCUAAAGAAUUAAAGACAGAAUAUUUUCUUCUGGAGA